UUCUACUGCUCCUGGUUAUGUCUUGAGCAAGAACUUGGACUGCCUAUAAUGGGCUAAGAAUUCAUUUGGUUACUUUUUACCAGAUUUUCAGCCCGUUUCCUUAAACUAUCUUCGGCCCAUGAUGAAUGGUUUACUGUUCAGAAAAAUAAUUCAAGAAAAGCAUUUCUCUGUUCUCAUCCCAGCUGUUUCAUGUGAAAGGUUAUACAGUAUCUUUUCUUUUUUCAUGUCAAUUUUUUUUUUUUUUUUUCUAAGAAAAGGAGCAUGAGAUCCAGAACAUGAAUUCAAAACAAGUUAUGUCUUUGUUUUGAAUUUCCAAACACAGAUGACCCAAUAAUUUCCCUUAUUUUUUUUUUGCACCUGUAAAUUUUUCUGGUAAAAAGUAUAUACAAAAUUGACUGGAAAUUGUCUGUAGUCUGCAUUCCUUUUAUUUUCAGACUUGCUAUAAUUCGAAGAAAAAAGUUGCCGAAAUGGGGUAAAUAUUAUUCAGGAAAAAAAUAGAGAUCAAAGUAUUAGUACUAUUUCCAAAUUCCAAAAGCUGUAUUGUCGUUUUCUCCUCCAAACGUACAUUCUCCACUGUUAAGUAAUUAAACACUCCGAUAAAAUUCGAGGCAGGCGAUAAAUUUAGUUCUCCCCAAAUCCCAGAAAGGAUCCAAAGAAUUGAAGUUGCUCUCAUCGCAUUGAUGAUCUUCACUGAAGAUCGCGAUUCAAAGAAAGAAUCUUGAAUCUUGAUCUUCACUCAAGAGAAAGCAAAAGUUUGUCUAGUGGGAGUGGCUGACUCAGAAAUAAAAAGGGAAGAAAAAAUUGGCAUCUUUUAAGGAGGGGCAUGGAGGUACUGUUGAUGAGGAAGAAUUGAAGGUGAUGGGGAGGGAGAUCUCAGCAUUGUUACAGCCCAGGAGCCUUUUCUUCUUGUUGGUCGCUUUGGUUCUCAUCUUUUUGGCUCUCUCCUUCUCUCAACAGGAUGAGAAAGAGAAGGUCGAAGAAGUGUAUGAAAUUACUCACCGGGUCUUUCUGGAUGUUGACAUAGAUAAACAACGUGCAGGGAGGAUUGUGAUUGGCUUGUAUGGCGAAGUUGUUCCAAAAACAGUAGAAAAUUUUAGGGCUUUGUGCACUGGGGAAUUGGGCAAGGCCAGCAAUGGAAAACCUCUCCAUUAUAAGGGAACACCAUUUCAUCGAAUUAUACCUGGAUUCAUGAUUCAGGGUGGAGAUAUUGUAUAUGGCAAUGGGAAGGGAAAUAUGUCUAUUUUUGGGGGCACUUUCCGCGAUGAAAAUUUCAAGAUAAAACACUCCCAUGCAGGUUUUCCUAAUGUUAAAUUUCUGGGAAUAUACUUAAUAUUUAUUGCUUUGGCGGCUAAUGGUCGUUAAAGUGACAACUAUUUGAGGCGAUUCCCAUAUUUUUUACAGGCAUUGUUUCGAUGGUAAAUUCCGGGCCUGAUUCCAAUGGAUGCCAAUUCUUCAUUACCACUGUCAAGACUAGCUGGUAAAAUUUUCUUACUCUGUAUUGUGGUUGAUGUUUAAGAUUUUGGGAUUCUCUGACUGCUUAGUGUAUAGUCUCAAUUGUGCCGUGACCCAAUUGGGGCAACAAUCCAGUGUUCUCUUUUGGAUACAUUGCUAGUUGAGAAAGAUGGAUAUAUAAUCUUACGAUUUCCUGCUUUGAACUUCGUAACUCAAAUUUCAAUCGCGCCAAGCUUGGUUUCUUUGUCUAGUUCACUUCACUUCAGAGUCUCUUUUAAUGCACUUCCACCUUGGUGGAUCGUUUAACAGAAAAUGUUGAAUUAUUUUUGGGAUGCAGGCUGGAUGGGGAGCAUGUUGUGUUCGGAAAAGUGAUAGAAGGGAUGGAUACUGUGUUUGCAAUAGAAGGGGGAGCUGGAACAUAUAGUGGAAAACCUAGGAAGAAAGUGAUAAUUGUGGAUUCCGGAGAGAUACCAAAGAGCCAGUGGGAUGAGCUUAAUAGUAGUAGUAGUACUAAUACUGCAGCAACUUCCACUUCAUCAGGAUGAUGACUAGCUGAAUUUUUGAGUUCUGGAACUAACAGAUAACUAUAUAUGACCUAAAUUGUCCAAAAGGAGCAGAAAAAGGAGAGGCCAUUUCAGUAUUUGACUGUCUGGUAGCAUUGUUUUUCAUUGAAUUGUAGCACCAUAGUUCAUCUUAUGCUACCUUGGGCUGGGAAAAUUGUUAAAUCCACAUUUCUUUACCAUAUGCCUCAAUUAAACCAUGAGUAUUUACAUCUUAUGUAUGACAGUUGAAAUGAAAUUACAGAUUAAAAGACAAAAAAUGCGACAUUCUGUGAAGUACACCCACCUUAAUCAAUAUACUGUUGUUGAAUAUGCAGUAUGUUUUUGCAGCAUACAAAGGAAUAUUUAA